UUUUAAUGUGUCGUAUCUUCAGUGACAGCUGAGUUAGCUAGCUAGCUAGCUGACUAAAACUAUGUCGGGUUAGCAGUAGCUUGAUUGUUACUAACUAACCAAAUCAUCUAUGGGAAUUACAGGUUUUCCUCUAGGGUUGGCCAUAUUUCACAUGAUUCAUGAGUAGAUAGUUUUAUUUUAGACUUUCGUUUACAUUUAGCUCACCUCUUUUUAGUCCGAUUGAAAGUCAAUCCGUUCACAAGAUCCUAACGUAACUAAUUUCCUGCUUGAUUGGAAUAGCGUAUAAAAUAGAUGUGUACAUAACACACACGACUUCUAUCAAUCGAUUAACGAAAUGGAUGUUUGAUCGGACCCCAUCAUAAUUGGGUUAAAAGUGAAAAGGUGUCAUGUAAACGGGGCUAUUCUGUUAAAAAUUAAUAUAUAACUUUUGAGUGAUUGUACCAUGUAAUUAUUCCUAAACGAUCGUGAUGUGUCACUUAAAUGAUAAUCAAUGUGAUGUUAUCCCUAACUCAGUGUCAAACAAAGUGUCAGGCACAGGGAGAGUCAGUGUGCGAGAUAUGUGCCACAGGUCCCUGAGGAAAAAGGAGAGACCUCACAACUUGAGAAUUGUCCUCGAAGACUCCUCCCCAGUGCAGCUGUAUGAGACGGUGUGCUCGUGUGCUGCUGGCAAGGCACUUUGCAACCAUACCGUGGCUCUCCUUUUUCAGACAGCGACCUACUCUCAGCUCCGCCUCCUUGCUGUACCCCCAGUCCUUAGCUGCACCGAGACAGAGCAACGCUGGCACAAGCCAAAGACUAUGGUUGUAAAACCAGGCCGGGUCAGUGAUAUGGUUGUGAUGUCUGCCAAGCCCAAACAAAGGACAGUUGCCAGUGGUGUUGGGAGCCCUCUCUACAAGGCGAUGCGGGGGGAUAUGCCUGAUGUUUUGAAAGUGACCGAAGCAUAUAAAGGCUUUUCACCUGACAUAGCACCCCUUAUUACCACCAUGUCCAUCAGUGCCAAUGUCCCGCUGGUCGAGUCAGCUUUGGGAAAAGUUCAGGAGGGCAGUCUGAUCUCUUACCAGUGCCAGCAAGCCGCAUCAUUUCACUCCACACUGGAGCUCCUACACCACCACCACUGCCUUUGGAUGGCUACAGAUUGGAGCCCACUUGUUGCCAGUUUGUAUGCAGUCUCCACCAGCAACUGCAUCUGCAAUCUAUACUGACCAACUUGGAUAUGGCAAGGGCAAUAGAAGUGGCAACAAGGGACCAGAGUAUGUCUGUGGAGUGGCAUCGGGUCAGAAAGAUGAGAUUAACAUCUUCUCACUUUAGGGAGGUUUGUCAUGUUCGUGGUCAGACAUCAGCAGGACAUCUUGCUGAAAGACUGCUCAGGGGUGUGGCCCAAACAUCGGUCAUGAAAAGAGGUCUGGUAUUGGAGCCACAGGCCAUUCAAGAAUACUGUAAAGUGAAGAACAACAGCUACUGGCCUUGUGGCUUCGUCAUAUACCCUGAUGCCCCUUGGUUAGGGUCUUCUCCCGAUGGUGUUGUUUUUGACCCCACAGACAACCCACCCUUUGGCCUGUUGGAGGUAAAAUGCCCCAAUGUCAAGAGUUACGUUGACUGCAAAUACCUGAAGCUCCACAAUGACUCCAUGAAGCUAAAAAAGCAACACAGCUACUACUGGCAGGUCCAAGGGCAACUCCUACUGACAGGUAUGGACUGGUGUGACUUUGUUGUUUUUGCAGAGGAGGACAUGGUCAUUCAAAGGAUCUACAAGGACCCAGAGGUGGCUGCAGUCAUCAGGGAGAAGGGGGAUUUUUUUUUCUACUUUUACUUAUCAUGUCCCAUGAAAACUUGAAUCACCCCAUUCUCCCUAGAUAUGUGUUUGUGUAAAAUGUAAUCUCAUAGUUCUCAUUACAAUGUACACAUGCACAUGUAAAUAGUUUCAUGUUUAUGUACUGUAUAUAUUUGUCAUUACAAACAUAUACAAGG